AAAAACAAAUUCUCGCUCUCUUCCCUUUUCUUUCUGCACUAUUAUUUGUUCCUUCUCUCUCAAUAACCUUUUCUCGUUUUCCUUCGCUUUCUGUCCAUUCCAAAUAUUUCAUCACAUCACCAUUGCCGUACAUAUUUUAUGUUUUUGUUGAUUGAUUCUAAAUUUUAAUUGUGAAGAGAUCUAGGGUUGUGCCCCUGAAGCUCCCAAUCUGAAUAUCUGAACCGCAUUUGUUCCAUUUCGAUAUAGCAGUAUCAACUUCAUGCAUUUUUUUUAAAGGAGGAAAGAAAAAUCAAACUUAGGAUCAGCGUUGAUCUCUGUGCGCAGUGAUUUGGUUUGUGAAUGAGAGAUACGGUAACGAGAUUGUUUUAGAUGAAAAUGGAGGUCGUCGUCACUGAUGCGGCGUCGUUGGACGUCGAAUUGUUGCUGCUCCCAGACUUUUCCGCUUUGGCACUCAAGUCUAACCACAAUUUCAUCGAGAAGCUCUUCGACCAAUGGUUGUCGCUUCCGGAAAGUAAUCGAUUGGUAACAUCGUUACUCAAUGAAGCAAAGUCGGGUGUUCCCUUGAAUGUCCCGGGGAAUUGCUCUAGUCCAAAUGCUACCAGUAAUUCUGCGCCUUCCAUGUUUCCUGCUGGCACUGCUCCGCCUCUUUCACCAAGAACAUCUGGUUCCCCUCGCAUUCUGAAACAAAGAGUUGCGUUUUCCAAUUUGGGUUCCCCUUUGAAAGUUGUCAGUGAGCCAGUUAAAGAAGUGAUACCACAGUUCUACUAUCAAAAUGGACGUCCACCUACAAAUGAACUCAAAGAACAGUGCUUGUUUAAAAUUGAUCGAGCAUUUCAUCGACAUAUGGAUGGCCUGCAGGUUCAUGAAUUCAAAUCAAUUACUAAGGAAGUUUGCAAGCUGCCAUCUUUUUUUUCCACUACUCUUUUCCGAAAGAUUGACAAUGGAACUGGUGUUGUGACAAGGAACGCAUUUGUUGAAUAUUGGAUUAAUGGCAACAUGUUGACAAUGGAUAUAGCUACGGUAAUAUUCAAAAUAUUAAAGCAACCACAGCUGAGUUACAUUACUCAGGAUGAUUUUAAGCCUGUGCUUCGUGAGCUUUUAGCAACUCAUCCAGGCCUGGAGUUCCUGCAGAGCACGCCUGAGUUUCAAGAGCGAUAUGCUGAAACUGUAGUAUACAGAAUCUAUUAUUACAUUAAUAGAUCUGGAAAUGGUUGUCUCACUUUGAGGGAACUGAAGCGUGGAAACAUAAUUGAUGCAAUGAUGCAUGCUGAUGAAGAAGAAGAUAUCAACAAGGUUUUGAGGUACUUCUCUUAUGAGCAUUUUUAUGUUAUAUACUGCAAGUUUUGGGAGCUGGAUACAGAUCAUGAUUUCCUGAUAGACAAAGAGAAUCUUAUCAGAUAUGGUAACCAUGCGCUUACCUACCGAAUUGUUGAUAGAAUAUUUUGUCAGAUCCCAAGAAAGUUUACCAGUAAGGCUGGGGGAAAGAUGGGAUAUGAAGAUUUUGUUUAUUUCAUACUGGCAGAGGAGGAUAAACCGUCUGAACCAAGUCUUGAGUAUUGGUUCAAGUGCAUAGAUUUGGAUGGAAAUGGAGUUCUGACAAGAAAUGAACUGCAAUUUUUUUAUGAAGAGCAAUUGCAUCGGAUGGAGUGCAUGGCCCAAGAGCCUGUGCUUUUUGAGGACAUAUUAUGUCAGAUAAUUGACAUGAUUAAACCUAAGGAUGAGAGCUUUAUAACUCUGCGUGAUCUGAAAGGUGGUAAACUUUCAGGAAGUGUUUUCAACAUCCUGUUCAAUCUGAACAAGUUCAUGGCCUUUGAAACUCGUGACCCAUUUUUGAUCCGUCAGGAACGUGAGAAUCCAACAUUGACAGAGUGGGAUCGAUUUGCUCAUAGAGAAUACAUCAGGCUUUCAAUGGAAGAAGACGUAGAAGAUGUCUCCAACGGAAGUGCAGAAGUCUGGGAUGAAUCACUGGAGGCUCCUUUCUAAACAUAUCUUAGCACAGGGAUGAAAAGAAAUUAAUGCCCAAUAACUGAUAGACUGGCCAUUAUUCAGAGACACUGGGCUCAGGAUCAGCUUUAAGUGGGGACUGUGCCAAUUUUGCUUCAACUAGUGGGAAAUUCCGAAGCUAAGAAAAUGUGUUUUGGUGGGCAAGUUCCAAAAAUAUUCUGAUAUGCUGGUAGUGAUAAAACUUUGGGUCAUUAUCAUGGAAGUUUUGUUGCCUUCUGUGGCUGUUCGUGCAAAAUGAGGACGUUUUCUGAGAAGAUUGAAUAUUAUUAACAACAGUGAGUAUGUUAUUCGGGGGACCCAAGUUGUUAAGGAACAUAAGUAGCAAUAUUUUCUCACCUUUGGAACUUUUAGUUGUUUGCUUCAGUGAUCGACCCCCUUUUGCCCCAGAUCUGUUGAAGAGUGCAUUUGUUUCAUCAUCUCUGGUUGCCGCCUUUCACUGAAUAUUUUUGUUAGGCAUCGUAGAAUUUAACGAGUAAUGCUAGACAAAUAAAAAUGUCACAUUUUUUUUCUGGAUGAUGAGAUUUAUCUUUCAAGAUGUAUGCAAGGAUUAUAGUGAUUCUUCCGUAUACAUAAUAGUUGACUAUUUUUUUAUAUUGGGAGGACGGUGGGCUGAAGACGGUGUAUGUUUCAUCCAAUCGCUUUGUACAUUGCAUAUAUUUCUUUUGAAUCA